AUGUACUAUAUCGUGCUUCUAUUCCACAUUACAUCGCCGGUGUCCGCUUCAUCGAACCCUACGCCUUCGUCGUCCCCGAUAUCAAGUGGCUACCCUGUCCCAGUGAUGCGGACUGACGACGGGGGAUCAGUCUCGGGCUACUAUUUGGAUCAUCUUGGACUGAAGGACGUAGCAGUUCUCUUCGUCUCAACCUUCGCCCCACAGGCGGAGAACUUUGCCGACAAAGCAACGGAGUUUGUCUACACGGCGAAGCGGGCCGGAAAGACGAAGUUAAUCAUUGAUCUGUCAUCCAACCUGGGCGGCUCACCUUACUUGGGGGUAGACCUCUUCAAACUGUUCUUCCCCAACCAUCAUGCGUACACUGCUACUCGAUUCCGUGCCCAUGAAGCCUCAGAUCUCGUCGGCAAGGCACUAUCGAAGAUCAAAACCACGCAGUCAACAGUCAUUGCGGAAUCUUACAGUUUUGACUUAUCUACCAUGGUAACGCCAGACCAGCAGUCCAAUUUCACAAGUUGGGCGGAUGCUUUCAGCCCGCUGAAGAGCUCGGCACCCCAGUAUCCUCUUUAA